UUUUGGCGAAAUUUUGCUUUAUAUUUUCAGGUUGAAGGGGAUCCGGUCCUGCUUCCUAAAGGCGAUAUCCUGGGACGACUACUGGAGGGACUGACUUAUAGGUCAGCUGCCCUUCGGCACACUGAAGAAAUCCGUCCUCUUGAGAUAUCAACCGCCCCCACCGCAGCUGAGGAGCCCCCUGUCCCCGGACUGCCCACACUUACGCGGCUGAUUGCCACAACUGCUGCUCCCAGCUUCGAUGCUUUUGUGGAGGAGAUAAGGGCCACCUUCUCUGCAGACGUCUGUGCGGUAAUCGAGGAGAGGACGAGGGAACAGUCGCUAUCUGAGGACUGGUUGCGCCAGAGGAUAGGCAUGGCAACCAGUACAGUCUGCCAUUCCUUCAAAACAAGGGCAGCGAAGUGCGAGAUAAAGCAAAUGCCGCACAACAUGGGGCCUUUGUUGAAGGCGGUCCUCCGCACGAGCACAUACCAGUCUGCAGCAAUGCAGCGCGGGCUGAGCAUGGAAGGCACUGCGCGGGACAAGUAUGUCUCGGUUGUGAAGUCGAGGGGCCACGCAUGCACUGUGGAAGACAGGGGCCUAUUGAUUUGGAACGAGUUUCCUGUGAUGGGCUGUAGCGUGGAUGGGCUCGUUACUUUCACCUGCGCCUGCUGCAAGGGUGAGAAGCGUAUUUUAGAAAUCAAGUGCCUCAACACGGUGAAGAAAGCUUUCUCAAAGGACAAGCCGACGCCCCUAUUCUACACACAGGUUCAGGUCCAGAUGGGGAUAACGAAUAUUCCAGUGUGUGACUUUUUCGUCUACAAGAGUCCAGAGGACUGGAGGGCACUUACCGUGCCAUUUGAUGCUGCACAUUUCCUUAAAUGUUCGGCUGCAGUGCACACCCUGUACGACAAGUACAUUUUUGACACGCUGAAGAAUCUGGCAUGUUCAUACUCGUGGUAGUGGGCCCCAAAAAGGGCCAGUGUGGUAACAUUAGAUAUGCAUUUGAAGCCAGCAAAUAAACAAAAGGAUGGCAACAAGCACGUGCUAAUACAUUCAUUUAUUACAGUAUGCAUGACAUC